AUGAGUGGGUGCGAUGAAGCAGAAGAAGAUCAAUUCUUUGACAGCCGUGAUGAGAUUACUUCUAUGUCCGAUUUGGGUUCUGAAUGCUCUGAGUUCUGCUCGAGUUUAGGAUACGAGGUUUGGGCUGAAAAACCAGAAAGUGUUGAUGAACGACGCAAUAAGUUUUUGAGAUGGAUAGGUUCGAGUUUAGAUUGGCGCACUAUGGGAAGAGAAGACGACGCGAUAAGUUUUUGUAAUGAUGAAGUUAAAUCCGGCUGUGACAGAUUAACAGAUAAUGGUGAAACGGUGCUGGCAAAUUUGGAAUCCAAACAACACCUUUCCUCGAGUUGUUCGCCGUAUUCUUUUCAGUCGAAUGAAUCAAUGGAAUUCAUAGAAGGUGGUGCAAUGGAGAAUUUUGUGUGGAAAAUAAGGAAUUUGGAUGAUGGAACUGAAUUUGUUGUGGAUGGAAUGGAUCGGGAUGGUAUGCUCACUAGACUACGGAAAGUGGGUUCAGGUAAAAUGGUUUCACUUGAAGAGUUCCUAAGAACACUUGGCUCGUCAUCUUUGGUUCAACGGUUACUGCGUAAAGAAUCGAAAGAUUGGACAAAGGGAGUUCAUUUCAGGCCUAAUGGGAUCAGUUCGAAGACGGGGGCUAGAACCCGAAAUGUUCAAGUUCAUGCGUGCAAAAAACGUUCAAAGGAAUUGUCCUCGCUUUGUACAGGGCAAGAAUUUUCUGCACACGAGGGCUCAAUCUUGACAAUGAAGUUCAGUCCUGAUGGGCGAUACCUGGCUAGUGCUGGAGAAGACGGAGUUGUACGUGUGUGGAAGGUGCUCGAGGAUGAGAGUCCAAAGAAAUUUAAUUUUCAAAAUAUGGAUCCGUCUUGUGUAUACUUCUCACUGAAUCAUUUUUCUGAGUUAGCUCCACUUGAUGUUGAUAAAGAGAAGACAGCCCCGAUAAAAAGUAUGAGAAAAUCGUCAGACUCGGCUUGUGUUAUUAUUCCCCCCAAGGUUUUUCAGUUAUUGGAGAAGCCUUUACAUGAGUUCAAUGGGCAUAGCGGUGAGGUAUUGGCUCUAUCAUGGUCUAAGAAUGGGCACUUGCUAUCAUCUUCAGUUGAUAAAACAGCUCGCUUAUGGAAAUUGGGGCAUGAUCAAUGCCAAGGAAUUUAUUCACAUAAUAAUUAUGUGACCUGCAUUGAGUUCAAUCCCGUGGAUGAUAAUUAUUUCAUAAGUGGCUCUAUAGAUGGGAAAAUACGCAUUUGGGAAGUCCGAGAUUGUCGAGUCAGCGAUUGGACUGAUAUUAGAGAAAUAGUGACUGCUGUGUGUUAUCGUCCUGAUGGCAAGAGAGGUGUUGUUGGCACGAUGGAUGGCAAUUGUCGUUUUUAUGACAUUGUUGAUAAUUGUUUGCAAUUGGAUGCUCAAAUAUGCUUAAACGGGAAGAAGAAGUUGACUGGGAAGAGGAUAACUGGACUUCAGUUUUGCCCAAAUGAUGUGAACAAAGUAAUGGUCACUUCUGCUGAUUCACAAGUUCAAAUACUUCGUGGGACUGAUAUAGUCUGCAAAUUCAAAGGCAAUCGAAGUUCAGGAAGCCAAGCAACUGCAUCUUUCACGUUAGACGGGCAACACAUUGUCUCAGCCACCGAGGACUCAAAUGUCUGUGUCUGGAGCUAUAUUACUGAGGACCAGAAAUCAACUCGACCAAAGAAUGUACGAUCACGUGAGAGUUUUUUCUCACGCAAUGCAUCCAUUGCUAUACCUUGGGGUGGGUUGAAAACCAAGCUCGGGGCACUACCAGGAAGUAUUUUAGGAAGUGUAAAUUUCGAUGAGAAAUUGCUUCAUAAACUGCCCGCAUCUUUCCCUGACUUUUUCACAAUGAGACGUGGGUUCUUGGAGUCUAAGGGAUCUACAACAUGGCCGGAAGAGAAACUUCCCAAUUCAAGUCCGGUCCCAGUUUCUCCUUCCGUAUGUAAAUCCGAAUUCAAGUUUCUAAAGAGUGCUUGGCAGAAUGCGUUGCAUUCUCCUCAUUUGUGGGGUCUCGUGAUCGUUACUGCAGGCUGGGACGGAUGUAUCAGAACAUUUCUCAACUACGGGUUACCCAUUCGAUUUUGA